UUUAUUAAAAAGUAAAAUUAUCUUCCCCAGAGCAAAUUCGUUUAAAGAAUUUAAGAAAAGUUUACGGAAGAUGCCUGUGGUAUCGAUUGCGAUUGUUAAAGCCCCAGCAGAAUAUAAUGCCUACAAUAAAAAAAGGUGUGUUGCUUGCUGGAUGGGCACUGUUUUUGUUUCUUGCUUACAAAGUGUCCAAAACAGACCGAGAAUAUCAAGAAUACAACCCUUAUGAAAUACUACAGUUAGACCCAGGUGCAACAGUGUCAGAAAUUAAAAAGCAAUAUCGUUUGUUAUCGCUGAAAUACCAUCCAGAUAAAGGUGGCGAUGAGGUUAUGUUUAUGAAUAUUGCUAAGGCUUAUGCAGCUUUAACUGAUGAAGAAUCUCGAAAAAAUUGGGAAGAAUAUGGCAGCCCUGAUGGACCACAAGCUACAAGCUUUGGAAUUGCAUUGCCAGCUUGGAUUGUGGAUCAGAAGAAUUCUAUUUUGGUUUUGCUGGUUUAUGGAUUAGCAUUUAUGGUUAUUCUCCCAGUGGUCGUAGGUUCUUGGUGGUAUCGAUCAAUUCGUUACAGCGGAGACCAGAUUCUCAUCCGUACAACACAAAUUUAUACCUAUUUUGUUUAUAAAACCAGAAAUAUGGAUAUGAAAAGACUUAUAAUGGUUUUGGCAGGAGCUUCUGAAUUUGACCCUCAGUAUAAUAAAGAUGCAACAAGCAGACCUGUAGACAAUAUUCAAAUACCCCAGCUUAUCAGAGAAAUUGGAAGCAUUAAUUUGAAGAAAAAUGAACCUCCACUUACUUGUCCGUAUAGCUUGAAAGCCAGAGUGCUCUUACUAUCUCAUCUUGCCAGAAUGAAAGUUCCUGAGACACUUGAACAAGAUCAACAGUUUAUCUUAAAAAAGUGCCCUUCCUUGCUUCAAGAAAUUGUAAAUGUAAUCUGCCAAUUAAUACUCAUGGCACGUAGCCGGGAAGAAAGAGAAUUUCGUGCUCCCUCAUUGGCUUCUUUGGAAAACUGCAUGAAACUUUGUCAGAUGACUGUCCAAGGGCUUCAGCAGUUUAAGUCUCCACUUCUUCAACUCCCACAUAUUGAAGAAGAUAAUCUCAGAAGGGUGUCUAAUCAUAAAAAGUACAAAAUUAAAUCUAUCCAAGACUUGGUGAGUUUGAAAGCGUCAGAUCGUCACAAUUUACUACACUUUCUAGAAGAUGAAAAAUAUGAAGAAGUCAUGGCUGUCCUUGGCAGUUUUCCACAUAUCACCAUGGAUAUAAAACCCCAGGUUUUGGAUGAUGAAGACAGUAAUAACAUCACUGUAGGAUCGCUAGUCACAGUUUUGGUCACCUUGACAAGACAGACAAUGGCAGAAGUGUUUGAGAAGGAACAGUCAACCUGUUCAGCUGAAGAGCAGCCUGCAGAGGAUGGCCAAGGAGACCUUAAUAAAUCGAAGAAUAAAGGAUGGCAACAGAGGAACAAAGGAGCAAAGAAGACUUCCAAAUCAAAAAAGAAAAAACUUGUGAAAAAGAAGCCAGUUCCUGCUCCUUUGCUACAAACAAAGCAGCUGAAGCAAAAACAAGCUAAUGGGGUUGCUGGGAAUGAAAUUGUCAAGGAUGAUGAUUACGAUGUUUCUGAUAAAGGAAGUGAAUCUGAAGAAGAUGACACCAAUCGGGAAUCACUAAGUGAGAAAGAUGAUGGCAGUGACCGAGACUCUGACAGAGAACCAGAUGAAAAGCAAAGCAAGGAUGAUGAAGCUGAGUGGCAAGAAUUACAACAGAGUAUACAACGAAAAGAACGAGCUCUCUUGGAAACCAAAUCAAAAAUAACUCAUCCUGUUUACACUCUCUACUAUCCUGAGGUAGAACUAAAAUUUCCUGCACCGGGUAAACCUGGAAACUACCAAUAUACCGUUUAUUUAAGAUCGGAUUCCUACAUGGGUUUGGAUCAGAUUAAACCAUUAAAGCUGGAAGUUCAUGAAGCAAAACCUGUGCCAGAAAAUCAUCCACAGUGGGAUACAGCAAUAGAGGGAGAUGAAGAUCAGGAAGACAGUGAAGGUUUUGAAGACAGUUUUGAGGAAGAAGAGGAGGAGGAUGAAGAUGAUGACUAAAUAGUAUGACGAAUGAACUGUGUUAUACGGGAUAUCUCUACAAACAUGACCUGGGAAAAGAUAAAAACAGUGCAGAUGAACUGAAGAUUUUUUUCAAGUUUCUUUUUACCAAUUAUGAAUACUUCAUGUAAUUUCCCAGUGGAGGUCUGUCAGUCAGUUGGGUGUAUAACCUGGGAGAUGCUUAAGGCUCUUCACAGCCUUUUAAGUAUAGGAUGCAUUUAUUCCAACUGAAAAUAAAAGUUUUUUUAUUCUAAAUGUCCAGAAGUGUGGGCUACAUUGUUUGAUCAACUUUUUGGUCCAUAUAGUAACAGAUGCUAUUAUUAAAUGGAAGCAAUCAUUAAA